AUGUCCUAUGUACAUGGUCUAAAGGCUACUGAACAAGACCAUGAGAAGGAAAAGCUUAACGAGAGAAUUGCUAAAUUAUCAGGCGGUGUUGCUGUGAUUCAGGUUGGAGCCCAAACUGAGACAGAGCUUAAGGAGAAUAAAUUGAGAGUUGAAGAUGCUCUUAACGCUACAAAGGCGGCUGUGGAAGAAGGUAUCGUUGUUGGAGGAGGAUGCACUCUGCUAAGACUUGCAUCAAAAGUGGAUGCCAUUAAAGACACUCUAGCAAAAAAUGAAGAAAAGGUUUGAGCUGACAUUGUUAAGAAAGCAUUGAGCUACCCAUUGAAGUUAAUUGCCAAAAACGCUGGUGUUAAUGGUAGUGUUGUCAACGAAAAGGUACUCUCUAACGACAACCCAAAACACGGAUACAACACUGCAACUGGUAAAUAUGAAGAUCUAAUGGUUGCAGGAAUCAUUGAUCCAACCAAAGUAGUCUUAGGUGUGGAAGAUCAUAUUUUGGUUUCUGUGCUUGGAAGCAAUUAUGAAGUCAUCUUAUAA